UAAAAACUUCCUUCCACUUACCAUUAAUUCGUCACGUCGUGGUCUUCCUCAUUUUUGAGGCUCACAGCUCGUACAUGACGUGUAGUCUGCUCGCUCGAGUAACAACAGCCUCAAGUAGAGGAUGCUUUCGUUCACAGCCCUUUCAUAGCCAAAGUCAUGGGUUUGCGACGUUCAGUGGAAAGCGCGCAAGCGUUCCCAUUCUUCGUGUUCGUUCACGGAAGUAUGAAUCUACUGCAACAGCGCCAGCAGCUGCUCCUCCAUCUUCUGUCGCUCAGCAAGAAAAUGUUGUCGAUGAUCUACCACCCACAAGUAUCAGAGCGGGUAAUCUUGCUCUCGAACCACCGUCAUGGGAGUCGAUUAAGCAAAUCAUAUCCUACCCGACAUUCAAGGCUGUCACUGAGAAGCCUUACCAGUUCAAAGCGAUGACCCCCGUCCAAGCUGAAGUUAUCAAGCUUCUCCCAGAGCUUGCUCACCCUCCUGAAUCAACAUCUGAUGACGUCCCGACACGUCCGCGGGAUCUUUUGGUCAAGGCUAAAACCGGUACCGGGAAGACAUUUGCGUUCCUAAUUCCAGCCAUUGAGGCUCGGGUAAAUGCCAUCCACGCUUGGGGCAAGAAAGCGGUUCGCGAUGCAGGCCUGGUUUCAGAAAAGCAUCUAGAAGCGGCAGCGAGGAGACAAUUUACUAGGGAACAUGUCGGUACACUCAUUAUCAGCCCAACCCGAGAGCUCGCUACGCAGAUCGCCAACACUGCCAUCAAGUUGACUCAUCAUCACAAGGAUUUCGAGGUUAGAUUGUUCUAUGGUGGAUCAAGCAAGCGAAUGCAGAUGCGCGACUUCAUGAAAGGGCGGAGGGAUAUUGUUGUAGCUACCCCUGGGCGACUUCGUGAUUUGCUGCAGUCGGAGCCUGAGGUAGCAAACAGUAUCAGAAAAUGUAAAAUGUUGAUCUUCGAUGAGGCAGACAUGCUUCUCGAUAUGGGCUUCCGGGAUGACAUUGAUGCUAUUAUGAGUUACUUGCCGCCUAAAACGGAGAGGCAGACAUUCCUCUUUUCAGCAACACUUUCUCGGACCGUUCGCCAGGUUGCACAGACAGUUCUUGCCCCGGACCAUAAAUUCAUCGACGUCGUUCCUGAAAAUGAAUCCCCAGUUCAUGCGCAUGUCCCCCAAUAUCACACCGUCCUUCCUAGCCCAUCCCAACAGAUCCCUCACCUUCUUCGUCUCAUCGCACACGAUCAGCUUACGAACAAAGGCAAGAGCAAAGUUUUGUUGUUCCUCCCUACGACACGCAUGACUCAGCUCUUCGCGACACUCACUCGCGAGCUCUCAAAAGCGGUGUUGCCUGCUGGGACGAACACCAAGGUGUACGAGAUUCACUCCAAGCGCCAACAGGACUCACGCAUAGCCGCCUCUGAUGCUUUCCGCGCUGAUAACUCUGGAGCAUCGAUUCUCGUCAGCUCCGAUGUAUCUGCACGUGGCGUGGACUAUCCAGGGGUGACACGUGUUAUUCAGCUCGGUAUUCCUGCUGCUACGGAACAGUAUAUCCAUCGUGUCGGACGUACCGGUCGUCAGGGUUCUACAGUUGGACGUGGUGACCUGGUUCUUAUGCCUUUUGAGAUCGGUUUCUUGAGCUGGCAGCUCAACGAAGUCCCGCUUAAACCAGUCACUUCAGAUGAACUCGCUCGGCAGGUCCAGGACCUUGCAGCCCAGUUCGACGCUGAUCCUCAAGCAGCAUGGAAGGACGUACCAACUAAGUCGUAUAACGACAGGGGUCGACCAAUUCCUGGACCCAAGAUGUACGACGCGCCACUUUCACCGCGUCUUUCUUCGGAAGAAAUGUACAGCACCAUCGCGACGCUACUGAAAAAUGUCGACGAAGAGGCCAUCAAGGAAACAUUUGCUUCCUUGCUUGGUUAUUACAUUCCAAAGUCCCCUGAGCUGCGAGUUCAAAAGGGCAAUAUCCUGGCUGGAUGUAGAAGUUGGGCAACAGAAGCAUGCGGCCUCGCUACGCCUCCAUAUGUCAGCGAUGGCUUCCUGCAGAAGAUGGGCCUUAACGACGGGCGCACGAAGCACUUUGGCCAAUCGGACCGGAACACUAGGUCUUAUGCGAGACCUACAAACUCGUGGGAAACGCGGGGCAGACAGAACACACGGUCUUUCGAUAGUCCCAGAGGAAACUUCCGUGAGGACAAGCAAUCGGAUGACAAUGACCCUUCUGGCAACAUUGACGAGUAUCGCGGUGCACGUUAUGGAAGGGAGAGGCCAAAGCCUUACGGAGAGCGGGAGCGUGACAAUGGCCGUUCUGGCGAGUAUGGUGGUGCACGUUAUGGAAGGGAGAGGUCCAAGCCCUACGGAGAGCGUGAGCGUUCUGACGACGCCGGCGAGCGUCGUGGCGCACGUUAUGGAGGGGAGAGGUCCAAGCCUUACGGAGAGCGGGAGCCGAAGCCUUACGGAGAGCGGGAGCGUGACAAUGGCCGUUCUGGCGAGUAUGGUGGUGCACGUUAUGGAAGGGAGACGCCCAAGCCCUACGGAGAGCGGCCGCGUCGCGAGAAUAGUACACGCGGGUAUGGCGAUCGGUGAGGGAUCGGCGUGGUACAAUACUAAUGUAGACCGCAUACAAUGCAUCACUCAACGUUCGUUAUUAGCCUAUAGUCACAUUUAUUAAUA